AAAUAAGGUCACGGAUCGUGUCGAGUUACACACAGCUAUCCAAAUAUAGAGACUUGUGCAAAUGUGUGGAAAAUACACGAUUUAAUUUCACAUUUUAAAACAAAAGCAAACAUUUACAGUAGUGUGAAUGUUAUUUUAUGGAUUGUUAUACUAAUGAUUGUGUUUAAGCCGCGAUUUGGAUGUAAAUUACACCAGGAGUCGCAUUUAGCCAGUGUGCAAAUUUGUGAGUGAAUGGUGGUUCGGAGAAUCAAAGAAGAUGCUGGGAUUCGGCUAUUGAAUGAUUACACCAUAGAUUUAACAAUGCUAACAGUUACACUGACCUCCCGUUGUGAGCUAUCCUCAGUGAAAUGAACACUCGAUCAACAUGAGGCCCUCGCGUUACCAAGUACCAAAUACAUUACCUCCCCUGGAUGUGGCCGGCGUGAUCACCAUAGACCAGGUGCGACCACAACCACGGAAACUGAACGAGUAUGUUGACACGCCCAGGUCCCCAUUGAUCCACACGGGGAAGACCGGGCACUCCUCAAACUUACACUGCGUUACACCAAAGUCAGUGAAAGUAAACCUUAAUCCAAGGGAUCGUGUAACUGUUGUGUUACCGAACCGGACAUCACAAAGUAUUAUUCGAACUCAACCGAUUUCAGUAAGUCCACCGCUUAAAAAGGAAUUACAAAAAGAAGUGUCGGAUAAUUCGAUAAUAUGUUCAAAGUGUGGGAAGUGUCGGUGUGGAAGUUGUACAAAAGACAAGGAAUUGCCCUACAAGUCAUUACUCUGUGGAGCUAACUGCGCAAGCCUUGAUGAGGCAGUAGAGUACUGUACAUGUGUGUGCUGCGUAAAGGGUGUGUUCUACCACUGUUCCAAAGAGGAGCAGGAUGUGGAGUUUGAAUGUAUGGCAGAGCCGUGUGCAGGGUGCAGCCGGCCGCGCUGCUGUGAGCGCUGGACUUGUAUGCUAGCGAUGAGCCUGUGUCUGCCGUGCCUGUGCCUCUACCCGCCAGCCAAGCUCUGCCUGAUGGGCUGCACAGCUUGCUACAACAAGUGCCGUAAGAAAGGCUGCACAUGUAACACGAACACAAGCGUGAACAAAAACUGUAGCAGGAGUAACCAGUCGAGCAAACUCGCGGACACUCAGACCCGAGGGCUCCUUGUGGAGUCAGACAGAGAGAGCUCCUCGGUUUCAUGAAGCCGCACUGUUAUUGUUGUUGUUUCUUGUUACGUAUAUCAUGACUUUCGAAGUCUGCGUUGUUACACUGGACAGUAGCUUGUACAUAGGGAAGACAGUCUGUGAUGAUUCUUGCUAUUGAUUUAUUUGAUCCAUGCUCUAGGAAAACGGGGCUUAAUGCAUUUUCAUAACGUGUAGUCUCAGAUUAGCCUCUGUAGUCCACACAGGCUAAUCAGAGACAUCAUUUUCCGCUUUUAAAGAAUUUUUUGUUAAAAAGAAGUUUCUUUUUAACGGAAAUCCAAUCUAGGCGGAAAGUAUUGUUUCUGAUUAGCCUGUGCUUACUGCACAGGCUAAUCUGGGACAACACCUUAAGCACAUGCAUCAAUCCCUGUCCUCCGAUAGUGAGGCUCAUUUAUUUUUGUGCCAUGUUUUUCUGAUUGUGGUCCUUAACUCUCUCUUAAGCAGUGCACACUGUAGUAUUAAAUCUUCUCUGAUAACUUUAGUGCAGAUGAUUACCUACUUUAUGAACUCUGUCUUGGAUUAUUAAUUUUGGAAAUUUGCCUUUUAACAUGCUUUUAACAGUAUGUUUCUUAAUGUUCUUGCUGUCAUAGGUUUUAAUAUUUAAAGCAUUCAUGAUGUGAAAAAUGAUUUUAAAUUCUAUGCAGUACAUAAAUAUGUUGAUACAUAACUUGGUUGAACAUUAUGUCUUAUUUCUGAUUUUCUUACUUACAUUUUUGUAAAUAUCAGUUAAUGAAUUUUCAGCAUCAGCUUAUAAAAUGUUAAUGUAGACAUAAUGUAAUACAUGUAGUAUCUGUUUUCAUCUGUACUUUUUAUGAAAUUACAAUUUAAGGAUAAAAAUAAAAAAACGUACACGGUUUUCAUAAUUUUUUAUAAAAUGCCAAAGUCCUUAUUAUCUUCAUAUGAAUGCUUUAUAUUAAUAUUUAAGAAGAUAUUUAAAAAAAAUCAUUAUUAUUAUAUUAAAAUCACAGCCAUUACCACAGACAGUGAUUUAUUUUGUUAAUUCAGUUUUGUAAUUGCUGUUAUAGAUACAAUUUGAUAAAACCCAAUUUAUUCUUUAAGCACUUAAUCUUUUUUAUAGUUUGUUUUGUAUUGGUCUGUGUACAUGUACACAUAUGAUCAUUUUACGUUUUUCUUUGAUUUUUUAAUGUUUUACUCGCUUGUCAAUUUUUUAAACCUUAAAGUACUUUGUCAAUUUUUCAAGUUUUGUAUCAGUUUUCUUGAUAAAAGUUUUGACUUUUUAUACUAUGUACACUUUUGAUAUUGCGUGUUUCUUGUGUAUUUCGUUUUCAUCAAGAAGCAAACUCCAAUGUCAAAUGGGAAAAAAAAUACAAACAAGUUUUAAAUAUAAAAGAUUUCUAGGUUUUAU